CGCGCGGCCGAGCCCGGGGCCUGCAGCCGCCGCCGCCGCCGCCGCCGCCGCCAGGUGGUGUGUGGACACUAGACCAUGUGCCUAGGUAGUUUUUGCUUUCUCCGCAGCUCUGCUUCCCCAGCAACGCUCACCACGCCCUUGUUUUGAGAACCUCACGAAGGUACGACGUCCAGGCUGACCUGAGCUGGCCUCCAAGAGUUGAGAGUUUGGAUACAGAGCUCUUGCCACUGUCCAGCCAUGGGGGAUAUGAAAACCCCAGAUUUUGAUGAUCUUCUGGCUGCCUUUGACAUCCCAGACCCCACCAGCCUUGAUGCCAAGGAGGCCAUCCACACACCCAGCGAGGAGAAUGAGAGUCCUCUUAAAGCCCCAGGCAUGUGUAUGGAUGAGAGUCUGUCCUUGUCUCACUCGGGGUCAGCCCCAGACGUGCCGGCCGUCAGUGUCAUUGUCAAGAACACCAGCCGCCAGGAGUCGUUUGAAGCGGAGAAAGACCCCAUUGCCCCCAGCCUCCUGCACAAUGGGUUCCGGGGCUCAGACCUGCCUCCUGACUCCCACAACUGCGGGAAGUUUGAGUCCACUUUCAUGAAUGGAGGCAGUGCCAGGAGUUUUCCUGGCAAGCUGGAGCCCUCCAAGUCAGAGCCAUUGCCCACCUUCAACCAGUUUAGUCCAAUCUCCAGCCCAGAGCCUGAGGAUCCCAUCAAAGAUAACGGGUUUGGGACAAAGCCCAAGCACUCUGACAGUUACUUCUCACCCCCUCCUGGGUGCGGGGCUGUGGGGGGCCCAGUCCUGGAGGCUCUGGCCAAGUUUCCAGUCCCAGAGUUGCAUAUGUUCGAUCACUUUUGUAAGAAAGAACCCAAGCCAGAACCCCUGUCCUUGGGAUCCCAGCAAGAGCAGGAUAGAGGUGAGCAGAAGGCAGUGGAUCCUCACAAAGAGCUGGAUGCCCGGCGACUCUUUGGGGAAGCUUUGGAGUUCAACAGCCACCCUAGCAACAGCAUUACAGAGCCUAAGCAGCUUGCCCCAGAGCUUGGGACAUGCUCCUCAGUCCCCCCCAGGCAGCGCCUCAAGCCGGCUCAUUCCAAGCUGUCCUCUUGUGUUGCAGCCUUGGUGGCCCUGCAGGCCAAAAGAGUGGCCAGUGUCACCAAGGAGGAUUCGCCUGGCCACACAAAGGAUUCCUCAGGGCCUACUAAAGAGGGUCCCAAAGGCAGCCCCAAAAUGCCCAAGUCACCAAAGAGUCCCCGAAGCCCUCUGGAGGCCACUAGGAAAAGCGUCAAGCCAUCAGACAGCCCUCGGAGCAUUUGCAGUGACAGCAGCAGCAAAGGCUCCCCCUCAGUGGCUGCCAGCUCCCCACCAGCAAUUCCCAAAGUCAGGAUCAAAACCAUUAAGACAUCCUCGGGGGAAAUCAAACGGACCGUCACGAGGAUCCUGCCAGACCCCGAUGAUCCAAGUAAGUCCCCUGUUGGGUCACCUCUAGGGAGCACUGUUGCCGAGGUCCCAAGCGAGGUGCCAGGGGAUGAAGUCACGGCCCUGCCUGUGGAGGAGCACUUUCCUGAGCCUGGCACAAAUUCAGGGAGCCCCCAGGGUGACAAGAAAGGGGACGAAAGCAUGACAAAGGCCAGUGACUCUUCAUCUCCCUGCUCUGGGCCCCGGGUCCCUAAGGGGGCUGCCGUGGGCUCACAGCUGGGCAAGAAGCAACAGAGCACAGCGCUGCAGGCGUCUGCCCUGGGCCCAGCCAACCUCCUGCCCAAAGCCGUGCACCUGGCCAACCUGAACCUGGUCCCCCACAGCGUUGCCGCAUCCGUGACAGCCAAAUCCUCGGCACAGAGACGGAACCAGACGCAGCUCACGCAGAUGUCGGUGCCCCUGGUCCACCAGGUGAAAAAGGCUGCCCCGCUCGUGGUGGAGGUCUUCAACAGGGUCCUCCACAGCUCCAACCCCGUGCCCCUCUACGCGCCAAAUCUCAGCCCCCCUGCAGACAGCAGGAUCCACGUGCCGGCCAGUGGGUACUGCUGCCUGGAGUGUGGGGAUGCGUUUGCCUUAGAGAAGAGCCUGAGCCAGCACUACGGCCGGCGGAGCGUCCACAUCGAGGUGCUGUGCACGCUGUGCUCCAAGACGCUGCUCUUCUUCAACAAGUGCAGCCUGCUCCGGCACGCCCGUGACCACAAGAGCAAGGGUUUGGUCAUGCAGUGCUCUCAGCUGCUUGUGAAGCCCAUCUCUGCGGACCAAAUGUUCGUGCCGCCCCCUGCAAACUCCGCAGCACCAGCAGCCCCGGCCCCCGCUCCCUCCCCUAAGCCUGGCCCCACUGCUGGCAGUGCCAGCCCCCCUCCUCCAGCCUUGCCACUCUACCCAGACCCCGUGAGGCUCAUCCGGUACGGAAUCAAGUGUCCUGAAUGUCACAAGCAGAUGCGAGACUACAUGGUCUUGGCUGCACAUUUCCAGAGGACAGAAGAAGCCGAGGGGCUGACUUGCCAGGUGUGCCAGAUGCUGCUGCCCAACCAGUGCAGUUUCUGUGCCCAUCAGCGGAUUCAUGCACACAAGUCCCCCUACUGCUGCCCGGAGUGUGGGGUCCUCUGUCGCUCUGCCUACUUCCAGACCCACGUAAAGGAGAAUUGCCUGCACUAUGCCCGCAAGGUGGGCUACAGGUGCAUCCACUGUGGUGUCGUCCACCUGACCUUGGCCUUGCUGAAAAGCCACAUCCAGGAGCGGCACUGCCAGAUCUUCCACAAGUGUGCAUUUUGCCCCAUGGCCUUCAAGACUGCCGGCAGCACUGCGGAACACACCGCCUCCCAGCACCCCAGCCAGCCCCACAAGCCCUCCCAGCUCAUUUAUAAGUGCUCCUGUGAAACGGUCUUCAACAAGAAGAGGCACAUUCAGCAGCAUUUCUACCAGGACGUCAGGGAGGCACAGGCGAGCGUCUUCAAGUGCCCUGAGUGCCCACUUCUGUUCCUGCAGAAGCCGGAGUUAAUGCAGCACGUCAAGAGCACCCACGGUGUUCCCCGGAAUGUGGACGAGCUGUCGAGCCUCCAGUCUUCAGCGGACACGUCCUCGGGCCGCUCCAGCUCCCGCGUCCCCACCUCCGAGUCCCCAGCUGCUAGCGUGGCUGCCAGGGGCAGCUCCCUGCCCUCGGGCCGCUGGGGCAGGCCAGACGCCUAUCGCAGGGCUGAGGCCAGACCCCGGCUAAGGAGCACCGGCUGGACCUGCCAGGAGUGCCAGGAGUGGGUUCCCGAUCGGGAGAGCUACGUUUCCCACAUGAAAAAGAGCCAUGGUCGGACGAUGAAGCGGUACCCGUGUCGGCAAUGUGAGCAGUCCUUCCACACCCCCAACAGCCUGCGCAAGCACAUUCGCAACAGCCACGACACUGUGAAGAAGGUCUACACGUGCGGGUACUGCGCAGAGGAUAGCCCCAGCUUUCCCCGACCCUCGCUCCUGGAGAGCCACAUCAGCCUUAUGCACGGUAUCCGAAACCCUGAUUUGAGCCAGACAUCCCAAGUCAGACCCCCGGGUGGACAUUCCCCUCAGGUGAACCAUCUGAAAAGACCGCUCGGUGGAGCCGGGGACGCUCCAGGCACCAGCAAUGGCGUUACUGUCUCUUCUACCAAAAGGCACAAGUCCCUUUUCCAGUGUGCAAAAUGUAGCUUUGCCACAGACUCGGGGCUCGAGUUCCAGAGCCACAUACCUCAGCACCAGGUGGACAGCUCCACAGCCCAGUGUCUCCUCUGCGGCCUGUGCUACACCUCCGCCACCUCCCUCAGCCGCCACCUCUUCAUUGUCCACAAGGUGAGAGACCAGGAGGAAGAAGAGGAGGAGGAGGCGGCCGCGGCCGAGGUGAAGGUGGAGGCCGCAGAGCCAGAAGAGGGCUCCGGGGAGGAAGUGUCUGUGGAGACGCGAGAGAAUGGACUGGCGGAGGGUGCUGGUGAGCCUUUGUUGGUGGACACAGAGGCAAGGAGACCCGUGGGCCCGGCCCCAGAAGAGGACGCUACCCAAGAUGCUCAGAGCCAACCCCAGGCCUCUCAGGACCGCGACAGCCCUGCGCUCUCCCCUCAGGUGUGACCAGAGGCCCUGCAGUGUGUGCGCCUCCACCUGCCGUGUAGACCGUGGGGAGUAAAAGGCUCUGGCCCCAGUGUGAGUGUGGCCGGCUGUGCCCUGAGCUGCAGGUGCUGGGUGUCUCCAGCCCCACAAAAUGUGGGGUUGCUGGGGACCCUCUCGGCUCUGAAUUCGCUUCGGUUAUUUAUGGCUUUGUGCUGCUUCUUGGAAUCCCGACUCUUGUCUGUGUCCUUCCAGCCCCAGGCCGCUUGCGUGGCCCCACCCCAGUGCUGUCAACUUGGCUCGGAAACCCCUCAGCCGCUGUGCUCUCUUGGGAGGUUCCCUGCUCUGUGCCUGCAGACACCAGCCCUCCUUCCUCCUACCCCGAGCAGGGGAACGAGGGCUGCUGCUCCAGUCUCUCUGGGAAAGCUCUGCCCAGCCUGGCUUGGCAAGGGUCCUUGGUCGCCCUGUCCUUCCUUCUUGUCCUCUCCAAUUCUUCUCUCCACAAGUAGUCCUGAGAACGGAUUGUCACCUUGGCGCAUCCUGUCUCGGCGGGGGAGAAGCUUGUGUAGCACACCUGUCUGGAAUGGGGAGAGCAGGAGGUGUGGCCACGGCAGGCCCUGGGAGGCAGAACCGCCAGCAGGAGCUGUGGGUGGGCCUCGUUCUGCUGCUGUUCGGCCUUUUCCUGACAAGUGGGGUUUGGGGCACACAGACCGUGGGAUAUUUGUAUUCUUGCUCCUGUGCCAUUAGAGGGGCUGCCAUCCCAGGCAGGUCAGCCCCUCGUCCUCUUGGCUACACUCAUGUUGCUCAGACUAUAUUUCAAAUAAAAACAUCUUCUUACCGUGCAGGUAGGCUCUUGUAUUCCUCUCCCAGUGAGCCUGGCCCUCCCCAGACUUGUUUGCACCGCCUCGGAGGAGGACAGUGCCUCCUCCUGUCCGUGGAAGGUCCUCUCCACCUCCUGAGCUUGUGGGUAACAGAGCAGGAGCCCCAUGCUUCUUGGUUCUCCAGAGGCCUGGUGAAGGGCUUAGGGAGUGUCUCAGUGCUAGUUAAGCCACCCGCGAGGUCCCCGGGAUAGCGGCUUUAGGGCCUAUUGAAGUGUUCUCAGCACCUGCAUCUUCUUUACAAAUGGAUUUUCCGACUGGAAGAACCUUUACUGGUGAGGGAGGGAGAGGAAGGAUUCUGUAAUUUUCUCGCAACUUUCAUGAGGCUUUGGUAUUGCCACUGCCAUGGGGACCUCAGAACUGGGGUUAGAGUCGGGAAGCCGGGUGUCUUGUCACUGAUGGCAGAGUUAGGGCCUGCCCAGGCUCGAGGAGCAGGCUGGGGCUGUCCUGUCCUCUGACCUCAGACCCAUGUGCAUGGUGCUGGGCCCAGCAGGAUCCAGCGCUGGGGAGAGGACUGGGUGCUGGCUGGGGUCUUAGAGGUGCUCUUUCAAGGGAAGCACCGAAUGUCAAUUAAAAAUUAAGCCAGGUAAAUAUGCAUGACCUUUUCACAGUUGGGAAAAAAAUUACAUUUUUCCCUCUAUCAAAUGCCAGAUUUUUAAUAGAAAUGCUAAUGGAAAUGCUAGUGGGGAAAGGUGAGUGCUUGCCUUGGUUUCAGAGCGAUUCUGGCCGGCUGGCUGCAUCGUUUUAGGGAUUGCUCUUCCUGGCAAGGCUGCCGCCGCCUUGCUCCCCACAUGGACGGGGCAUGCCAGGCCGACUUGCAGCUGCCUGGAAAGCCGGAGCCAGCCCCGACUUAGCUGUUGUCCCUGCCCCAAUUCCAGUUGCAGGGGGUCAGCCCUGACCCUGGGUCUCUUCACAAGAACAGGCUCUAGUGAAGCUGAUGGGAGGGUUUGAAACAGACAGCUGCACUCCUUCCUGCUCAGAACCAGUGGUAGCUGGAGCUGGGCUGUGGUGGGCAGCACUGCAGGUCUGACCACAUCUCUCCUUCCCGGAGUGGUGUGGGGUGAAGGAGACUGAGCUGCUUCCUGGGAAACCUGGCUCACGGCCUGGGGUCUGCCCUGGGCCAGCUCUGAGCAAACCCAUUGACCUCACCAGCCCUUCCCUUCAAAAUGGAACUAGUCUUUGCAACCCGCCUGACAUGGGGGACGUGGGGGUCCUUUACUGGGCCACAGGGCAUGCAUGGAGCGUGGUGCCCAAUGCCUGCUGGGUUGGCCUGGCACCCCUGCCCAUUACUUUGUACUAGCGAUGGUUACAGCAUUUGAAACCCUGCUCAUGUGCCCAGCAUCUUGCUGAAUGCUUCCUUAAUGAUUCUUUCAUUUGGUCCUCAAAAGUUCACAGUUGCCCUCUGUCUUACAGAGAAGAAAACCAAGGGACCUCACUGCGCCAAGCCCGUCCCCCACUAUGCUGCCUUAGUGAGCAAGGCUGGCCACCGGCCUGGCUGCUCUUCUUCCCACACCGGGUACCGCACAAGGGCCAGAUCCUCCCUGGGGUCCAUCCGUGCCUCAUCACCCCAGGGGAGGCCCCUGAAGCGUAGGACAGCAUCUCUGCACCCUUUCUUUCUCAUUGGGGUUCAUCUUGACACGGGAAGACCAUCCGGCCAAGGCUGCCUAACCUGCGCAGGAGCACACGGCUCCCUCAGAGCCCAGUGUGUCCAGGUUUCUUUUUCGAGGUGUUGUUUAACGGUUGUGUUAUUUGGCGUCCUCAGACGGUGCUUGCUGGAACAAGCACUUGCCCGCACGUUAUGCUGCCGUGAAGGCUCCACUGAUGAAGUUAACCAGAUAAGAUCCCUGCCCUUGUAAAAACUACAGUUUAAUACGCUCGAAGGCUUCACGAAUGACUAGUAUUUAUUUUCUGACUGCUUUAUCUUUGUAAAGUGAUACGCUGAAUUACUAAUGCUAACUGUUGUAGGGAGAACUUUCCCCUUCUGUAAACAGUCUCAUUUUUUUUAAAAAACCUCACAGUUGCGGCUCAGCAAGUUCCACACUUGGCCCUCCCCGAGCCUGGGGAACUUGUGCCCUGUUCAGGUGUCUUCAGCACCAGGCAGUUUCCUUUACUUUUUGUUUGUUUGUUUUUGGAAAACUCACAGCCUAUACCUGGUAAGACACUCAGCAGUUCAAAAGUCAUCUCCAGUCCCUCGUCAGAGUUCAUCACUGUUAUCCCUAUCUUGUGUAUCCUUCCAGAGCGAUUCUAUGCAUUUACAAGUUUAUAAAUAUGUAUAUUUAUAUAUCUAUUUUUAAUACAAAUGGUAGCAUUCUGUA